AAAAACGCCAGAUGUUCACUUGUUCAUUAUCGUAGGUUUGUUGCAAACAAUCGAAUCAAAAUGAAUGUUCUGGCCUCAAACUGUCUACUUCCAAUUUUUGUUUUAGUUUUAUUCCAAAGAACGGCAUCGGAAUUCAACAACGCUGUAAUCAGAAUGGAUUGCAGAAACUCUGUUUAUUUUGAUGGCAAUCAAAAAGGAUUCGCGCUCCGUGGAUAUAUUGAAGAAACGAAAACGACAAGAACAAUGAUAGAAUGCUUGGCCCAUUGUUCAUCAAUGGAUGUAUGUAAAUCUAUUAACUUCUUUAAUGGAAAAAAGAUGGAUAAUUGUGAUUUAAAUAAUGUGAAAGCGUCACAAGAACAUCCAUUGGAAGAAGUGGAAAUGUCGGUUUACAUGGAAACCAAGACGACGCACCAUGACCUUCUAUCAUCAGUGUGUAGUUCUGAACCAUGUCAAAAUGGCGCAAUAUGCAAAACAUGUGACCCCGGCACAAGCUACGAGUGUGUUUGCCCGACAGAGUAUGGAGGAACUACAUGUGAACUUGAAUUGUGCGAUUCGACUUUAAAAUAUGCAAGCUUCAAUGGAAGUGCAGAACGUUGGGUUGAACCCGGGACAACUGGAAUAUACACAUGUAACCCAGGAUAUUCUUAUGCGAACAACACAGACGGAGUAUUACCAAGAGUAUGUGUAAAACAUACAAUGAUUCCUGCAGGACCAACUUGUUAUGCCUCAUGCAGAAGUCCUUCUACACCAAUGAAUGGCAAAUUUACAGUGAAUGACCCAGAGAUGAAGCACGGUAGCGAAGCAUCUUUCUCUUGUGACCCAAAGUACAUUAUGUUUGGUUCGGCUACAACCCGAUGUUUCGACGGUUCAUGGGAAACCGCUUCACCAGAAUGCAAAGCCCCAUGUGUUAGUCCUAGUGCACCAUUGCAUGGAAACUUUAGAGUAAAUGACCCCGAUAUGAAGCACAACUCUGAAGCAUCUUUCUAUUGUGACUCAAUGUACACUUUGGUUGGAUCCUCUACAAGUCGGUGUUCCGAUGGAUCAUGGGAAGAGGAUUCCCCAAAAUGCAAAGCCCCAUGUGAUAGCCUUCCUAGUGCACCAGAGCAUGGAAAUGUGGCGGUUGUUGACGAUGAAAUGAAACACAAUAGCCAAGCAUCUUUCUAUUGUGACUCAAUGUACACUUUAGUUGGAUCCCCUACAACUCAAUGUUCCGAUGGAUCAUGGGAAACAGAUUCUCCAGAAUGCAAAGCCCCAUGUGAAAAUCCGAUUGCACCAACGAAUGGAAGCUUCACAGUCGACGACAUACAUCUGAAGCACAAUACCAAGGCGUCUUUCUCUUGCGCUCCAAAGUACACCAUUACUGGAUCGUCUAUAAGUCAGUGUUCCGAUGGAUCAUGGGACACAGAUUUUCCAGAAUGUAGAGCACCCUGUACUGUUCCUGACGCACCGCUCAACGGCUAUAUCACAGAAACUGACCCCGAUAUGAAGCACGGCACAGUGGUGACGUUCAUGUGUAACUCAACUUCUACGUUGCAGGGAACCCAGACGAUUACGUGUUUUGAUGGUGUCUGGGGCAACUAUGAUAUACCACAAUGCCAGCCAAGUUAAUAUAACGAAUUUAUUUCAUAUUUCGUAUUUCAUAUUUCAAAAAUAGACUUGAUUUUAGCCUAAACUGUUAACUUGUCUCCUGUGUGAUGGACGAAUAUUAUUAGAGAAAAGGUACCGGUAUUUUACAGUGAAUAAUUGUUUUAUAUUUAAAUGGUAAA